GACGUCAGCCCUCCUCCGCCCCCGCCCGCGUCGGGCUUCAAAUGACCCCCGGGCUUCCGAGCCCCAGCGAGACCCGGGAGCCCGCAGAAGAGGAGCGCCCGCCGGAGCCAUAGCGAUGACACAGGACGUGCCCAAGCCCACCCCGGCCGCCCGCCACUGCUCCGGCCUGGCCCGGCGGGUGCUGACCGUCACGUUCGCGCUGCUCAUCCUGGGCCUCAUGACCUGGGCCUACGCCGCCGGGGUGCCGCUGGCCUCCGAUCGCUACGGCCUCCUCGCCUUCGGUCUGUACGGGGCCUUCCUCUCGGCGCACCUGGUGGCGCAGAGCCUCUUCGCGUACCUGGAGCACCGGCGGGUGGCGGCGGCGGCGCGGCGGGCUGCGGCGCGGGGGCCCCUGGACGCGGCCGCGGCGCGCAGCGUGGCGCUGACCAUCUCGGCGUACCAGGAGGACCCCGCGUACCUGCGCCAGUGCCUGGCGUCCGCCCGCGCCCUGCAGUACCCGCGCGCGCGCCUGCGCGUCCUCAUGGUGGUGGACGGCAACCGCGCCGAGGACCUCUACAUGGUGGACAUGUUCCGCGAGGUCUUCGCCGACGAGGACCCCGCCACCUACGUGUGGGACGGCAACUACCACCGGCCUUGGGAGCCGGCGGCCACGGCGGGCGCGGCGGGCGCGGGCGCCUACCGGGAGGUGGAGGCCGAGGACCCCGGGCGGCUGGCGGUGGAGGCGCUGGUGAGGACGCACCGCUGCGUGUGCGUGGCGCAGCGCUGGGGCGGCAAGCGCGAGGUCAUGUACACCGCCUUCAAGGCGCUCGGCGACUCGGUGGACUACGUGCAGGUUUGUGACUCGGACACGAGGCUGGACCCCAUGGCACUCCUGGAGCUGGUGCGGGUGCUGGACGAGGACCCCCGGGUGGGGGCUGUUGGGGGGGACGUGCGGAUCCUUAACCCCCUGGACUCCUGGGUCAGCUUCUUAAGCAGCCUGCGGUACUGGGUGGCCUUCAAUGUGGAGCGGGCUUGUCAGAGCUACUUCCACUGUGUGUCCUGCAUCAGUGGUCCCCUAGGCCUGUACAGGAACCACCUCCUGCAGCAGUUCCUUGAGGCCUGGUACAACCAGAAGUUCCUGGGCACCCACUGCACCUUUGGGGAUGACCGGCACCUCACCAACCGCAUGCUCAGCAUGGGUUAUGCCACCAAGUAUACAUCCCGGUCCCGCUGCUACUCCGAGACACCCUCUUCCUUCCUGCGCUGGCUGAGCCAGCAGACGCGCUGGUCCAAGUCGUACUUCCGCGAGUGGCUGUACAACGCGCUCUGGUGGCACCGGCACCACGCCUGGAUGACGUACGAGGCGGUGGUGUCGGGCCUCUUCCCCUUCUUCGUGGCGGCCACCGUGCUGCGGCUCUUCUACGCCGGCCGCCCGUGGGCGCUGCUCUGGGUGCUGCUGUGCGUGCAGGGCGUGGCGCUGGCCAAGGCGGCCUUCGCGGCCUGGCUGCGCGGCUGCCCGCGCAUGGUGCUGCUCUCGCUCUACGCGCCGCUCUACAUGUGCGGCCUCCUGCCCGCCAAGUUUCUGGCGCUGGCCACCAUGAACCAGAGCGGCUGGGGCACCUCCGGCCGCCGGAAGCUGGCCGCCAACUACGUGCCCCUGCUGCCGCUGGCGCUCUGGGCGUUGCUGCUGCUGGGGGGCCUGGUCCGCAGCGUGGUGCAGGAGGCCAGGGCCGACUGGGGCGGCCCCUCGCGGGCCGCCGAGGCCCGGCACCUGGCCGCAGGGGCCGGCGCCUACGUGGGGUACUGGGUGGUGAUGCUGACGCUCUACUGGGUGGGCGUGCGGAGGCUCUGCCGGCGGCGGGCGGGUGGCUACCGCGUGCAGGUGUGAGUCCUGGCGUGCGGGGACCCCGGGAGCCACGGACUUGCCGGCCUCGGGUUCUGUGGGCCUCGCUUGCCCUCCUCCGUGAAGCGAGGGGGUCGACCCGAGACUCUUCAGCCUGGACUAUUUGGGGGCUGGGACUUGGGGUCUUUGGGCAGGGGUAUUUAUUGAUCAGGGUGUGGAUUUUUAGGGGCAGGGGGAGACAGGGGUCCCCGUAUGCUGUCCUGGGGUCUGCUUUCUCCCUGUUCGUAUUUAAUAUACAUUUGUACUGUGUGAUU